AUGGCGUUAUCGUGGGGAUCUGUUCUCCGGAUUUCCGUUCUCUUAAUCCUCGUAGCUGCAAUUGUCUUAGCUUGCUAUUUUCUCCCCGUUGAGAAGCUUUUAAAGGAUUUUUUGUUAUGGGUUGAACAAGAUUUAGGGCCUUGGGGACCUUUUGCCCUAGCUGUUGCGUACAUUCCUCUCACAGUGUUGGCUGUUCCUGCCUCGGUUCUCACGCUCGGUGGUGGCUACCUUUUUGGGCUGCCAAUUGGUUUUGUGGCGGACUCAGUUGGUGCUACACUUGGCUCAGGAGCAGCAUUUCUUCUAGGCCGUACGAUUGGAAAACCUUUUGUUGUUGCAAAAUUGAAGGAUUAUCCUCAGUUUCAGUCAGUGGCACUCGCGAUUGAGAAAUCCGGUUUCAAGAUAUGCUUGCUGCUCCGGCUUGCUCCUCUUCUCCCCUUCAGCAUGUUGAACUACCUUUUAUCUGUAACGCCAAUUCGGCUAGGCCCAUACUUGCUUUCUUCUUGGUUAGGGAUGAUGCCGAUAACGCUUGUGUUGGUAUACGUUGGAACAACUCUGAAAGACCUUUCUGAUGUGACUCACAAGUGGAGCGAAUUCUCGACAGGCCGCUGGGCGUUCUUGAUUUCGAGCCUUGUAAUAUCCGUGAUAUUAAUGGUAUGUGUUACAAAGGUUGCGAAAGACGCUCUAAGGAAAGCUUUAGCAGAGCACGGAGGAGACAUGAACGGAGCGGUUGCAGACUCGCCGGAGCUGCCGGUUACGGGUGAUGAUUCUCCGACGGAUUUAAAUCAGCCUCUCUUAAUAAAGAUCGAUGGUGAAGCAGCUCAGGACCAAGAAAACCAUAGUCAUUAA